CGUGUGGUCGCGUGCCAUGACGUCACAGCGCGCGCCAAGAGAUCCCCGGCAAGUUACGUGAACGCGUCGUCAGUGACGUCAUCGCCUGACCCACUUGGAGGCUCGGCGGCCAACAGACGCGAAGAGGAGGCCUCGGCAACAGCAGCUGGACGUGGUGAGAGAACAUAAGAGUGAAAUAAGGAAGAGGAGGGCUCGUCAACAGCGGCUGGACGUCGUGAGAGGAACUAAGGUGACGUGCCGACAGAAUAGAAACGUCAAAUAAGGUGUGAAGCAUGUCCCAGGACAAGAGCGGCUACCCCGGCAUGGGGGAGACACAUCCCAUCCACAGCAACGUGUACGGACCCCCGCAGCCGGGCUUCGGCAUGCCCCCGCCCAACUACAGCCAGGGCCCCGGAGGACCGUACCCACCGGCAGCCGGCUACGGGCAGCCGGGAUUCCCCCAGGCGGGCUUUGGCCCCCCCGGCCCUUAUCCUCAGAUGCCUUACCCCCAGAUGCCCUACCCGCAGGGGCCCUACCCGCAGGGGCCCUACCAAGGACCCGGUCAGCCAGGCUUUCCCGGAGACCCCUCUGCACCCGGGGGAAGCCCCGGUUACCACGGCGACGUGCCUCCAACCUACUACGACAACGAGGACUUCACCAACUCCGGCUUCGAGGACAAGAGCAUCCGACAGGCCUUCAUCCGCAAAGUGUUCCUGGUCCUGACCGUGCAGCUGCUGGUCACCUUCUCCUUCGUGGCCGUCUUCACCUUCGUGCACGAGGCCAAGGUCUUCGUGCGCAUGAACCCCUGGACCUACUACAUCUCCUACGUGAUCUUCCUGGUGUCGCUCAUCGUGCUCAGCUGCUGCGGGGACUUCCGCCGCAAGCACCCCUGGAACCUGGUGGCGCUGGCCAUCCUGACCCUGAGCCUGUCCUACAUGGUGGGCAUGAUCGCCAGCUUCUACGACACGGACACCGUCAUCAUGGCCGUGGGCAUCACCGCCGUGGUCUGCUUCACCGUGGUCCUCUUCUCGCUCCAGAGCAAAUAUGACUUCACUUCCUGUCAAGGCGUGCUGUUCGUGUGCCUGAUCGUGCUCCUGCUCUUCGGCAUCCUGUGCAUGUUCAUCCACGACAGGAUCCUGCACCUCGUCUACGCCUCCCUGGGAGCGCUGCUGUUCACCUGCUUCCUGGCCGUGGACACUCAGCUGCUGCUGGGCAACAAGAAGUUGUCCCUCAGCCCCGAGGAGUACGUCUUCGCUGCCCUCAACCUCUACACGGACAUCAUCAACAUCUUCCUCUACAUCCUGGCCAUCGUGGGCCGCUCCCGCGACUGAUGCACGCCAUCAUGUGACCUCACGCUCAUUCUUCUUUCAUCUUCCCUCUCACUUUAAAUCCUCCACUAACACGGAACACUUUGGCGUGAAGCCUAACUUUGUCCCGCGCUUGUUUUGGCUGGCCAGGUAGACGCUUAUACUGACAAAUUGGCUUGCGGAUAGAAGCUCUGAUUGUUCCCCGCAACACGCUUUUACUCAAGCCCUUAUUUUAUUCCCUUAAAACUAAUAUUUUCUGCAAGUACAAAACGGAUGCUGGAGUAUAAAAGCAAUUUUCGUCAAUUAAAACACAUUUCUUCAAUUUAAAAAAAUGAUUCACAAGUAUAAAAAGUAUUUUCUGCAAGUAAAAAAAAAAAUGAUGCGCUGGUAUACUCUUUUUUUCUUCAAUUAAAAUGAUUCACACGUAUAAAAACAAUUUCUUGCAAGUAAAAAGUAUUUUCUUCAAUUGAAAAAUGAUUUUCAAGUAUAAAAACAAUUUUCUCUACAAAAAAAAAAAGGAUUUACAUGUAAAAAAAAAAGGUCUCUGCAAGAAAAAAAAACAGUUCACAGAUAUAAAUAACAAUUUUUGCAAGUAAGAAAAACUGCAGAUAUAAAAACACUUUUCUCCAAUUCAAAAAAGAAUUCGCAAGUAUAAAAACUGUUUUCUCUAAGUAAAAAAAAAAGUUUGGCGAGUGUAAAAAAUGUUUGUUUUUUCUUCAAUUUAAAAAUUGUUCACAAGUAUGAAAACAAUUCAUUGCAAGUAAAAACAACUUUGCAAGUAGAAAAGAAAAUGUUUUUCAAUAAAAAAAAUGAUUUUCAAGUAUAAAAACAAUUUUCUCCAAGUAAAAAAUGAUUGGCAGGUAUAAAAAAAAAAGGUUUCUGCAAAUAAAAAAAUGAUUUGCAUGUAUAAAAAAUGUUUCUGCAAGUUAAAAAAAAACAGUUCGCAGGUAUAAAAAACAUUUUCUGAAAGUAACAAAAGCUUUGCAGGUAUAAAAAUUAUUUUCUCCAAUUCAAAAAAUAAUUUGCGAGUAUAAAAAUGUUUUGUUUUUUCUUCCAUUUAAAAAUUGUUCACGAGUGUAAAAACAACUUUGCAAGUAUAAAAACUAUUUUCUCCAAGAAAGAAAUGUAUUGACAAGUAUAAAAAAAGUUCUGCAAAUAAAAAAAAGAUUUGCAAGUAUAAAAACAAUUUUGUCCAAUUAAAAAAAAAAAACUGUUGGCAAGUAUAAAAAUUUUUUCCGAAAGUAUUAAAAAAAUCGUCCAAAAGUCAAAAAACUAUUUUCUGCAAGUGAAAAAACCUCGCAAGUAUAAAAAUUAAUGUCCAAAGGUGAAAGAAAACAAUUCGCAAAUAUAAAAACUGUUUUCUAUUAUUAAAAAAAUGAUUGGCAAGUAUGAAAAAUGUUUGUUUUUUUCUUCAAUUUAAAAAUUGUUCACGAGUAUAAAAACAAUUCAUUGCAAGUAAAAACAACUUUGCAAGUAUAAAAACUAUUUUCUCCAAGUAAAAAAAUGAUUGGCAAGUAUAAAAAAAAGGUUUCUGCAAAUAAAAAAAUGGUUUUGCAAUUAUAAAAACAAUUGUCCAAAAAUUUAAUAACAAAAAAAAUAAUUUGGGCCCUGCGAUGAGGUGGUGACUUGUCCAGGGUGUACCCCGCCUUCCGCCCGAUUGUAGCUGAGAUAGGCGCCAGCGCCCCCCACGACCCUAAAGGGAAUAAGCGGUAGAAAAUGGAUGGAAAAAACAAUUUGCAAGUAUAAAAACACUUUUUGGCAAGUAUAAAUAAAAUGUUCUGCAAAUAAAAAAAAAGACUUGCAAGUAUAAAAACAAUUGUCCGAAAGUCAAAUAAACCCCAGUUCGCAAGUAUAAAAAUAAUUUUGUCAAAUUAAAAAAACUAUUGGCAAGUAUAAAAAAAAAUAUCCGAAAGUCUUAAAACAAUUGUCCUAAAGUAAAAAAAAAAAAACAGUUUUCAAGUAUAAAACCUAUUUUCUGCAAGUAAAACACAAUUCGCAAGUAUAUAAACUAUUGUCCAAAAGUAAAAGAAAACAGUUGGCAAGUAUAAAAACAAAUAUUUGCAAGUAUCAAAAGUAUUUUCUGCAAGUUGAAACUUUGGUCAGCUCUGUGCCACGCUCACACUUGCACCUGUAAUUACACUCCACAACCAGGGGUGGUGCUGCUGAGUCACAGCUACUGUUUCUUCCCGCUGACCACAACACAAUACGCAGCCAAUCAUGAAUCUCAAACAAGGAGGGGAUAGUGUUAACUUACAGGUUGAGCUUGUUUACUUUCUCCUGCUUCUUUGCAGCGCCCCCUGUGGUUGCAGAGUGUAAUUACAGGGGCUUUGAGCACGCAAGGUGGAAUAUUUCUGCCAAAAGUUUGAACUUGAAAAAAAUACUUUUUUUUACUUGCAGAAAAUUGUCGUUUUUUUUUGUUAUUUAAUUAGUGAAAACGUACUUACUUGCGAAUGGUUGGGCGCGAGUAAAACACUGUGAACUUUUCACUCCAUGCAUCUGUCCCUCGCCAGCCUACUAACUGCAUGGUAACCAUGGAAACGGCACUGAUGAUGAGUCUCCCCAGCCGUCAAGUGAGGAAUAAGUUGUAAAUAUUAGGUGUACCACUAUAUUCUAAAUGGAAUGGCCGUGUUGACAUGUAGGACUUACCAGGCUUCAUUCCCUUUUUUUUGUUUUCUUGCUUGGUCCUUGGCGUGAAGUGAACGCUUCUGUACUGUGUUUCCUUCCUUCGCCUUUCAAUGAGGUGUUAUUGAAGUUUUAAUGAAGUAGCCGGACGCUGGAAUCACAUGCUGUGAAGAAGUGGCAUGCUAACUUAUUUAUUUAUCCAUCCGUCUAACAGUUGCUGUAGCAUCGUUUGAACAAGCAGAACAAACCUUGUGGUUUGUCCUGGUUUCAUUGGAGUCUGAGGCUGCUGUGGUCAUGUCACUUUGUUGGGGCCAGCAAAGUGUGUACAGAGGAGUGUGACGUGCUUUGCUGUUCAUAGACCAGCUACUUUUGGACUGUGUGAGUCUGUUUGGCUUUGUACAUAUUCCUCUAGAGUGGAAAUGCAUUCCUCACUGCACUUGGCUUCACAGAUAAAAACUUACCAUGUGGAAAAA